CAAAUGUUACAGGAUCCUAUGCAUUUAAUGCUUCGUUCUUUUUUCUCGCUACAAAUACUACAACCUCACCACACAUUCUAACCACUGCACUACUCAAACACCACCACCACCACCAGCAGCAACAACAGUUUUAUUUCCUCGCCCUUUCUCUCUCUAUCAUCUCUCUACCUCAUCAUGUUCAUCAACUACAACUCCUUCCUUUCUCUUAUCUUGCUCUUAUUUCUGUCAACGCAUGCAUGCACUGGCCGUCGUCUCCAACUCGAAGAGAAAGUGUCUAACAAUCUUCUCUCUGAAAAGGAUAUAGCGGAAGCCAAUACUGAUGAAACAAGAACCAGAACAGUAGACAAACUGAUGAAUAAUGUCAAUGACCAAGAAAAAGGACGUCAAGAGACUGCUGCAAGCAAAGAACGCAAAAUGAUGGACGAAAGCAGUGGAGGAAUUCAAGGAGGUCGCACUAUGCAAAAGCCAAAGAACCGUAAAAUAGCUGAUGAUAGUGAUGAUGAUCUACUGGUUAAUCACGUCCAAGAAUCACAUAAAAAGAAAAUUUCAGGAAGUGGGAAAAUUUCAGGGUCUUUGGGAGUGUCAGCUAAAAAUAUAGAGGUAAUGGAGCGUCCAUCUCGAUCUCAAUCCAUGCAAGGAUUUGGUUCCCAUGUCACAAAUCAAAAGAGAGAAAGCAAUGUCAUUGGAAAGGGAGAAAACCCGGUUGUGGUCAUGUCUGAUUAUGCCGAAGCUCAUCGGAGACCGCCCAUUCACAAUUUAUCUCCCUAAAUAAACAAUCUUUGUCGACAAGAUGUUCCCCUCCAUUUGGCUAGGGUUUAUCUUGAAUCUUUGAUAUAUGUACUAAUUUUUUAAGUUAUAUUUAUCCUUUAUUCACAAGAACACAGUAUAAUAUAGCUUAUAUGUGUGAGAAUAUAGUGAAUUGAUUGAUGAUGGUCCCUUAUACUUCUUCUGAACAUGUCCUAUUUUGAUUUGUAUGUAAUGAAUUUGUGAAUGAAAGAAGAAACAUAAGACAUG